UAACGAAACAAACGGCCACUUGAUAGGUUGUCAAUUGUCUGCACUAAUUCAUCAACGAGUGUAUUUCUUUUUAUCUUUCAUUCUAUAGUUUUUUUUUUGUGUUUUUCGCAAUCACGAAAAAAAAUCAUUCAGUUUAGUGUUGCAGUUAAUUUCUUAAGUUUGUGCCUUCGUAUUGUGUAUUUUUCCUUUCGCAUCCAUGUGUGCAUUUUGAAGCGUUUUUAGAUUACGACUUUACACGUACAUAAAAAAAGCUUUCUUCAUCGCCUGUGAUAAUUGAGAAAUCACGAUAACACCGUUUCAAGUAACCGUUGUUCGAAGUUCACCACAUCCAAAAUUUCAAUUGUGAUUUUACUGUAUGAAAACAUCAAUAUUUGAUGAUGAUCGACAUUUUACAGCCGAUUUGUGAAUAAUGUUUGCAACAACAACCAAAUAGCAGAAGAAAAAAUUCGUCUUAGAAUCAGUUUAUUUUUUAAAUCACAAACAAUAAGUCACUGUUCAUGUGCUCACCAUCUGCAUUGCAGCAAGUUCAUGCUGGAAUUUAAUUGAACUGCAUUUUGCAAGUGAUUUCAAAAUUUAAUCAAAGUUGAACGCGUCAGUUGGCAAACGUCAUUAUUCAUCGGCAGUAGACACAAUACGUUGCGGAACAUUGAAUUAACAUACACACACAUAGAAUGGUAGACAGUGACAGUGAAAGUAAUCUUAAAGAUUCAAAUGUAAACAAUUCAUUGCAUAAUAGUGCACAAAAGACGACCGCCACGUCGGUCGAUAAAAAAUUCGGAAGUUUGCACUCUAAUCUCAACAAUCAACCGUCAGCAAAUAGUCAAAUACCGGGUCAAUUUAACUACUAUGACCAACACUAUCGACAGUUACCAGAGGAUAAAAUCGAUGACAGUGUAAUCGAUUCAAAACACUAUGCAUCCGUUUAUAAAACCACAUCACCUCGACUCUCAUUAGAUGAUGGCGAUGAUGGGAAAAAGUAUGCGGUUGCCAAAAUAAAUGGCAAUGGUAGUUGUGGUGCGGAUAGUUGUGAAAAAUUUUCAAAUAUCUCAUCAAUCACACCAAUAGCCAAUGCAAAUGUGGCCAGAGCCGAUUUUGAAACAGCCAUCGAACUGACGGGCUAUGGAAAAUUCCAUUAUUAUUUGCUUGCGAUUUGUGGGUUGGUCAGUACGAGCGAAGAGAUGGAUGUCAUUUCAAUGAGUUUUAUACUGCCGUCAGCCCAAUGCGAUCUAGAUCUUGAUACACAAACCAAAGGUUGGCUGAAUUCAAUCAUAUUUAUUGGCAUGAUGGUGGGCGCCUACGUUUGGGGCAGCAUAGCAGACACGCUCGGCAGACGAAGAGUAUUAAUUGUCAUCUCGUUUAUGAAUGCAUUAUGCAUUGUUGCGUCCAGUUUUUGCCAAAGCUAUGUUACAUUCAUGAUUUUCCGAUUUCUAAACGGAGUGGCAUUGGGUGGAAGUGGGCCGGUUAUAUGGAGUUAUUUUGCCGAAUUUCAGCCAAAAUCAAGACGUGGAUCGAUGUUGAGUUUUAUGGCCGCUUUUUGGACGAUUGGUAAUCUUUUCGUUGCUGGCUUGGCAUGGAUCAUCAUACCCUCUGGCAUUGGUUUUGAUACGCCAUAUUUUAAGUACAAUUCAUGGCGAAUAUUUUUGUUGCUGUGUGCAUUUCCAUCGUUUGUUGUGACCGCAUUGCUAUUCUAUUUGCCCGAGAGUCCGAAAUUCUUGAUAAUGCAGGGUCGUCGAGAUAAAGCGUUGAACAUUUUACGUGGUAUUUUCGUCACAAACACCGGACAAACCAAAGAUUACUAUCCAGUUAAGGAGCUUAUGAUUGAUGAAAAAUUCCUAAUGCCAGUAAUUGUGAAUACGAACAGCAAUGGUGCCACCGUUGACAUUAAACGAUCUAGUGAUUACGAUGCAAAUGGUGCAUUGUGCGACAUUGAAGCCAUUAAAAAGAAGGGAAAAUAUUCGUUGAUGUUUUCAAACAUUGCUGACAAUAGUCGUGAAUUGUUUGUGCCGCCAAUUUUGAAAUUCACAAUUAUCUCGAUCCUAAUCAAUUUUACAUUUCACAUUGGGUAUUAUGGUUUGAUGAUGUGGUUUCCAGAGCUCUUCAAUCGUUUCGAUGAAUAUUCUCGUGCGCAUCCAGGCCAAUCGGCUACCGUAUGCCAAGUGACAAAUUAUGUUGUACAAUCUGGUUCACAUGCACAGCUCGGUGUAUGUUCAUCGAGCAUAUCGAGUUCGGUAUUUAUGGAAUCGCUUAUUUCACUAUCAGCUGCACUACCAGCAAAUUUAAUCAGUAUUUUAUUCAUGGAUAAAUUAGGCCGAAAAUUCUUUUUAAUAUUCAGUACAAUGUCAGCGGCAGUUUGUUCAGCUGGAAUGUAUUUUGUCAUAAAUAAACAGCAAAAUUUCAUUGUGUCGGCUUUUUUCACGGGCGUUAUUGCAUGCGGCAAUGCAUCAUUGGACUGCUUAAUCACAGAAGUAUUCCCCACUCAUUUGAGGGCCACUGGUGUAGCCAUUUCAAUGAUAAGUGCCCGCUUGGGUGGAAUUAUUGGAAACAUUGUAAUUGCCCAAUUACUCGAUUUAUAUUGUCCAGCGCCAACAUUCAUUGUCGCAGUUUUGCUGGCCGGUGGUGGACUUAUGUGUUUGAUGCUGCCAAAUACAACGCGAACAGCACUCUCGUAACAAUGGAUCCUGCACCAAAUGAAAAAACAUAGAAGAAAUAGACAAACAGAGAGGCAGCGCGCAACACACAAAAUACGACACGAAAUAAAGCGAAUUCAUGUUCAUAUGCGACGAUAUUAUUCACUUUUUAUAUGAUUAAAUUUUAAAGAUAAAGAUAAUGUUAAAGUUAUUGUACCAUUGAUUUUCCAAUGAAUUCCAAUGUUACAAAGUAAA